AUGAGCGAACACCAAGUCAAAACGGAAAGUAUACGUUAAAGUUAGAUUUUUUUUGUGUGAUAUUGUAUUCGUUUAAAGCUCGAUUUCCACUUUGAUGUGAUACUGUAUUUUCAAACGACGGAAACAUGGUGUACUGGCUAGGGCUAUCAAUAUGUGUGUCAUUUUUCGUAUGCCGAGUGACCUAUGGAGCGGACACUGGCUACUUGAGAAGCACAAUUACGGACCACUUCUCGGACAACCGAAACCACGAGGUCAAUAACGACAACAAGAAAGCGUCAAAGGAAUUUAUCUACCAGGAAUUCAAAAGAUUUGGACUGGAAACGGAAUACCAUAAUUUCAGUUAUUCAGAUCUUUCGUCGGUACCUUUUGCAAAUGUUGUUGGUAUCUUAAAGGGAGCUAACUUUGGAACAGUUAAUGACAAAAUUGUUGGACUUGGUGCGCACUAUGACACAGUGAAAAAUACAAAAGGAGUUGACGAUAACGGUGCUGGUGUCGCCGCCAUGUUAGAGGUUGCCCGGCAACUAGGGAGCCAGAACAAGCAAGGAGUGAAGCGGAAUAACACAGUCAUAUUUGCAUCGUUCGACCUAGAGGAGUAUGAGUAUAUUGGUAGCGAGGUUUUUAUUGUACAGUGGUUGAACCCUUGGCUCGCAAAGAACUAUGGCCAAGCUGCGCGGUCGCUGGUCCCGUAUGGGAUUAUAGUCUUAGACACCAUGAUGGAAUACAACACCUCCAGUAAUUCUCAGAAAUUCCCCGCUGGAGCAGAGAGCACUUUUCAGCACUUAUUUCCAACAUCAUUCCAAAGUAUUAGUUCCGACCACUUCAAAGGAGACUUUCUGGCUAUGAUAUACCGUGCAAAUGCUGAUAAACCUCUCGCAACAUCACUGAGUCGGUCAUGGUCUUUGGAGAACCGCCCACAGUUUGAGUUCGAGUCUUUCCCUCUACCAUUCUCAGAUGUUAGUUCUCUGAAUCACACGGUGAUGAACUCCUUUGGCAACUUCUUCCGAAGCGAUCACAGAAAUUUCUGGGUUGAUAAUAUACCAGCUAUCUUCCUCACAGACUCUGCGGAUUUCCGCGGUGAUAUGGUGAAAUGUUAUCACCAUCCUUGUGAUGAUUUAGCUAUGAUGCUAACUGACGAUAACAUCAACUUCCUAGGCAAGACGUCAGAUGCUAUUGCAAGAUCUAUGAAUGAGCUUUCUCAUCCAGUCACUACUCAUACGAGUGGAUGCGUUAGGACCACAUAUAGUAUCAUGUUUUGUGUUCUCAUGAUGUGUGCCAACUUUAUCUUGUGAAACUCGUGUACUCUGACGUAAAGUAAAGAUUGCCAUGACAAAAUAAGAUUUGUUUGUAAAUACAUACUGUGUGUGCGUUGAAUUAUAAAUGAACUUUAUUUUUGUGGAUUGUUUCAGCUUUAUUUUAUAUAUGAACUUUCUUGUUGAUAAAUUAUUAAUCUCUGUUUUUCGACAAAGCUUUUGCUUUGUUAUUUUGAAUGUAUAAGACAUGUAUGAAGAAAUGGAAUGGUUGUGGAAUGUCUAGCUAUCUCGUGGCAGAAAUAUGCCACCGUACCAUGAUAAAUAAAGAUUUGUUUGUAAAUACAUACUGUGUGUGUUGAAUAACAGUUUAUGAACAUUGUUAUUUCGCCGAUUGUUUCGGCUUUAGAUUAUAUUUAAACUUUCCAAUUGAUUAUUAAUGUCAUUUUUGACAAAGCUUUUGUUUUGUUAUUUUGAAUUUAAAAUGCAUUUAUGUAAAAACGGAAUUGUAGUGGAAAUCUGCGAAAUUCAGUUUUGCCACACAUUCAUGACAAGAAACUAAUUUGUAGAAUAAAAACUAUACACAUCAAUCAAA